GGAAUAUGAUUACACAAAACUUGCAUCUGUAUGUAUAUGUCACCUAAUAUUUUAAACUAUUGGGAUUAUCUUCGGUGACUCAGAAACGAAACACAUGCUUUCGACAAAAACGUGAUUUUAAAUUGUAGUAGAACUUCUGAUUUUAUGGCUUGACAGUGAAGUAUCCAUGACUCAAUGGCUGCAGAUACUCUUGGCGCCGAGUGACUACCGGAUUUUUUUCUUCUAAAUUCUCUUCUAAAUACUCGUACUAAUAAUAGAAAAAUCGAAGUUUAUUUCCAGCUAAAAUUUCCACAAGUGUGAUUUCACGUGGCCUUUUAACGUUAGCCCCUAGACAAAGCUGAUUAACGCUAAUUGUCAGACUGCUAACUAGCAUAGUUACUUGUUGUUAGCCUGCUAUCAGGACUGUUUAUAAAACGUUCAUUCGGCACAAUUAUUCUAUUAUUCUGUUUAUUUGCUAUAUUCUGUUUAUCAGCUUUAUUUAGCUAGCAUUUCACAACUAUGAUGAGAAGGAAUGAAAAUCUGUCAAGCAGACCAACAGCAGGCUGCGUCUCCUUGCCGCUCUUCAAUCAGAAAAAAAGAAAUCGAAUUCCCUUGACGUCGACUCCGUCUGAGAAUAGAUUCUUUUCUCACACCGAGUUCAUGCCGAGUAGCAGCUCAGCAGCCCAGGGUGCUUCAGGUGCCUACAGGGCCUCGGGUUCCUCUUCUGAUGCUUAUCCAAGUCACCAGUGGAACAAACGGGACCAACCACCAUCUACGCAGCCACAACAACAUGGCAGUUAUAGACCUGCCCCAACUAUGAGAUCCUACACACCUAUAGCGCAUCCAUACAAAUUUGGACGAAGCAGCAACCCAGCGAGACAGGAUGAUUCUGGAUCUGCUGUCACGUCCAGGCAGAGACAAUGUCAAACUUCCACCAACAGCGAGCGGAGACCUCAUUUGGGGUUCUCUCAGACGAGCCAGCAGUCCGCUCACUCUCAGGUCAGACCUCUGCCUCCUCCUGUCCAGCCACCCAGCGGGUUUGCUGCUCAAACAAAACAACCAUCAAACAAAUGGAAUUUUACAAACAGUUUUGGACCACAGAAUUCCACUUUAGUGGGAAAAAAGAGCUCAAACAACCCCCAGACUCACACUCCAAAGGGUGAAAAUAAACCGAAAAAACCACCUUUUGACAACUCACUCCGAAUCUUGACUGUAGUAAUAGACGGCAUGAGACACUGGAGUCGGUAUAAAGACAAAGUGCCGUACUUUUUCGAGAUAUUUGCCACUCUCGACUCUGCCGUCACCCUCGGUCGCCACGGAUCCAAGAACUUCCUCUUGAGAGACGGCAAGGAGGUUGUGCAGUGUAUCUUCUAUGAAAAUGAGCAAGAACUACCUCGUCUCAUCCGGGGUCAAGUUCACCGCUGUGUGGGUAACUAUGAUCGCCACCGAGAUGUCCUGGUAUGUGUGUCGGUCAGGUCCGCCCAGCCCACGGAGGUCAGGAACAGUCAAGAGGCCGUCAAAGCCUGCGAUGCUCACAUGAGGAAACUGGUCAGAUUGCUUUGUGAAGUGUGACCAGUUCAAAUGUUAUGCCAAGUAAGACAUAUCGGUGUCGUUGUAGGGUUGUAAUUCCUAUACGGUAAUAUAUACACAACAUUUAGUGUUCAUGAAAGGUUCAAAUUGGUUUGCAGUGUUGUGGGGAUAAAAAAAAAAACACAGUUGGAACUCGUGUUGGUUUUUGAGUUAAUUAAAAAAAAAAAAGGAAAGUGUCCCUCUUUAGAAUUAUUUUUUAUUACAAAGAAAAUCACAGACCAUCAAACAAUGUUAAGAGAUGAAUUCCGAUAAAGCAACCACAAUGAGGUAAUCUCUCAAAAUACAACUUUCAAAAACAGGCAGUUAAGACUGACAUGAUAUAUAAAGUACAGUCAUUUUAUGUACAGUCAAACAUCACAAUGGGGGGGAUAAAAAGCAAAGUAUCUACCAAAAACACCAGUGCUGAGACUUUACACACAGUGGUUCAAACAAGAAAGGGGAAAAAGACCAGUGCGAUAACACCAAUCUGUCCCAGUAUGAGGUCCAAACUGGUAUCUUUCACAACCUUUUUUUUUCAAAAUAUGGCAGCCUUACAUGACAGUCAUUUGUUGAUGUCAGGGUAGGGCAUAGUUAAACCGCAAUGGUUGAAUGGAGAAUUGGACGUUCCAGUCCAAAAUGCUUCUUCGGUAUUUAUGUCUGUGGUACAAUAGAGUUGUAGUUGCAGCUCAUUAGUGGGCACUCAUCUUUGGGGGAGCGACGACUGAGAAUCUACACACAUGUUGGAAGUUUAAGGAAAGUGUCCAUCAUCAUCACAAUCCCUGUGUGAGACAAGAACACGUCUUUCACUUUGCGAUCUAGAGCAGCGGUCGCUAAGUUUUUAUAAUAAGACCUUUUGGUCAGGUUGGCAUUGCAGAUGUUCUCAAUUGCCUUACCUGGAUAAAUAAAGGUUGAAUACAAUGAAAUAAACAAAUAUCGCUGUUUGACGUGUCCGGUAGCACACUCGCUAGCGUAAAUUGAGUAAAUUGAGGUUGUGCACUAGAACGUGAACACAUGCAAACAACUACGACGCAUUCAAGGACCAUCAAACAAUGUGAGAUUUUUGCGCCUGAACGUUUCCCGCCGCCGGUGCUUGGGGACCCGUGUCGUACAUAGCUGCCUCGUGCUGGCAGCUUUCCUAAUAAUAACGAGGGAACUUGGAUUCACCUACUUUACCCGUGAAACCCUCUAAAAAACAUCCAUAAGCUUCUAACAACAUUUUAGAUACAUACUACUUACAGUACUUUUGGUCAGCAUUACCGGAUUGAUUUCACGGAGCACAUAGCUCCUAACUAACGCUACUUCUGUCACCACCACGAGCAUAGAGAACACGUUCUGUGUUUACGAUCCGUCAUGGCAGACUCUACGAGAGCCAACGAUGACUACUUUGGGACAUAUGGGGACAGCCUUAUCUUUCUGAUCCUGAGUAGCCUGGACAGGCAAAAAGAGAGGGUGAAACGUUGGCGCAGACGUGGGCCGAGAGAGUCGGGCUCGGCAUGACUUGUUGGCGUUUCUGCAGCACCGAGUGGCACACGGUGUUAGCCUUGGUUGGGGAAGGCUUGGCGUAUCUGGCGAGGAGGACACUGCUCCAAAGGAUUGCGUCGCAAUGAAGAAUCGUUAGCGUGAACUAAACCUGCGGUGGUAGAAACAUGUUUCCCCCAACGUACCCAGAAUCAAGUGGAAAAGACGCUUAAGUCACCAUGAUAUUGAUUCUGGUCCACGGAGCACAUAGCUACAGUACAUACUGGUAACAAUAUCACUGUAUACUGGAUUAAUAUACAGAUCACAGCAUGGAGCAUCGGUUUUUGGAUGUUUUUCGAGGGUGUUAUAAGCGAAAUAGGUGAAUCCCAAUGACAUUGCAUUCAUAGUGAAAACACAAAGAAAAGGGAAAGACGUGUUGUGGUCUCACAGAGAUUGUGGAUGAUGUGUAAAAUUCCCCCUAAAAGUGCUGCGUUUAACACGAAUAAAUGUUAGACGAGUUAGAUGAGUUGGCAGUGUGCAAGGACAGUGAAGUAGCAUCGCGUCAUACGGAUGAUGACAUAUUUGCUCAACAAUAAGAAAUGUUUUUUUCAUUUGUAAAACUUCUUUCUACUUGCGACUGGCGUCCCGAUGCUUAGAUGGAAUGUUUCGUGACAUAACGAAUGGGAAAAAUACAGCAUUUGUUUUGCUUCUUGUGGUUCCAAGGAUUAUAAAACGUUCCUAUGAAGUGUUUUUUGUUCAAAGAUUGUUUUCCCAUGUCGAUGAAAUCAUACUGCAUCAUAAAUGGAAAGCAAAAAACAAACAAACAAAAAAAAAAAACUUCACAGAACAGGACUCCCUUUUUUUCAGCAGAAAUGCCAAAAUGUCUGAGAUGGCAACCUGAUAUUUGUACUUAACUUUGUCUUUGUUAUAUUGAAAGGCACAAGUUGGUCACGUCACGUUAAAAUCUAGAGCAGUUCUACCAUUUACAAAGUUCUCAUGCAAUUUGACAAAAUCCCUUCAUCAUCUCCCUGCCUUUUGCAGUCCUGUUUGUCCUGAAGUAUUAUUUCUGUAGACAAGAGGGAACGACUUACAUUGAACAAGCGAUAUACGUACACAAAUAAUUCAAAGGGGAAAGGAUGACAUUUUGGACAACAUCACUUCAUGUUUUUACUGAUGUCCUUGAAGGAGACACAUCAAAAUCCAACAAAAAGUAGCGUCUUUGAAAGCCUCUUUUUGAGUUCACCAUUUUUAGAAGUCAGUUCGUUCAUAUUUACAGUUGAAGCGCUUUGCUGAAUAAUUGAUUGCGUCAGUGAAAAAACUGGAAGCGGCUUCUUUGUGCACACAAUUUUCCAGUCUCGGAAUAGUUCAACAGAAGAAGGGAAUACAAAACACACACACACAAAAAUGCUGCAAUAAAUCAUCACAUCAAAAGUCCUUCCAUUUUUCCACAGCAUAGCCAGGAAGAUGGGUCAUUUAUUAGUUUAUUAGACGAAGCACAAGGGACCUAUUUUCACUCCAAACAUGUACUGUAGGAUGACGAUGACCACAGGCUUCCCAGACAGCAUCACCGUUGGAAAAUCCCGGUUGCUUUUCCAUGAAAUCCAGCUCAGAGAAAGUGUAACGGCGGUCAAAAUCCAAACUAUAAGAGCGUGGGCAAAGGGGUGGGAGACAGCUGCUCCUUUGGUGCAUAUUUGGCAAAAAAGGGCAAAAAGACGGUGAGCAUCACCCCGACAAUGGCCAACAUGUACCCCCAGCCCAUUUGGCACUCGCCAGCAUUGUAGAUGUCAGAGUCUCCGCAGAAUGAUCUGACCAGGGAAGAGUUGAGCCCGAAUGGGUAGACCAGCAGUCCCGCAGCCAUGAUGAAAACUGCAAAGGAGACACAGGAAUGCUUUUAAAAAACGCACAUUAUAAUGUAGUGUGAGGAUGCUUAUACAACAUGGAGAGCAAACGUCAACUAUAUGUAAUGACCGCCACAGCCACAUAGGGGCAGUAGAGGUUUUAUAAUAAAUUCUGCUCAUCCAACAGCAGUUUGAGUCCAUUCGCUUGCAAUGGUUUAUGAUAGUGCUACAUUAUUUAGAAUUAAAUUGGAGAAUAUACAUGGUCCCCCUCACUUCAGGGGCUUGUAGAAGAAAAAAAACUCCAAACUAUACAUCCUUUUCCCCGUGCCCUCUACAGGCAGCCGGAGAGCAUUUGACUCCCAACAAAUUGACUCAUGUUUCAUGGCCCAAAGCACCCGGCGGUUAUCGACUGAGCUGCAAGCUAUCAUUGCAGCUCUUCGUCAUCCUGAGUGCUGGCUGGCGUUCCGGUCAAUGUCAGGUGUCUCGAUGCUUAACGCAACGUAGAGACGGGGAGUGCUUCUUUCGUGUAUCUGACCUGAUUUUAAGGUUGUGGAACCUGAAGGGAACGUAGCAGAACACAAUGCACGUGACAGCCUGACAAUGAAAGUGGCUUCUCCUGUGGCCUUCUUGGCAAUCCGUAGCAGGAGAAAAGCACAAUAAUGGAAUAAUGGGCACAGAGAAAGAGGCUGAAUGGGUAAUCUCGUCAGAGUGGUUUCUCUCAUAUCUCAGUGCUGACCUUCCAAGCUCAGAAUGAAGUAGAACGGAGGUGGAGCUUCGUGGUACUUUUGGAUCAUUUUCAUAGAACUUUGUUUUGGAGAAAUGUCAGUGCCGUCCUUCCAUAGAGAGGAAAUGUCAGCAUUCUUUGGUACUUUAUUGAAAUACCCGAACAGCAGUGCCGGCGAGAGCUAGAGUCAGCAACAAGUCAAAGGCAAUAAUGAAGGAAUGAAUGAAAUUAAAUGAAUGAAUGAAUCUGACCGCCAAGGUGGAGGGUUUACAUAUCCAAGCAAUACCCUCCAAAGGGGUCUUGUAGGAAAACAAUGUGAAUUCUACUCUUCUUUUUCUUGUUAUCUUCUUAACUAGCAAAAAAAUUAGUUGUAAUUUCUGGAAAAUUAAAUUGGGGAGGCAGUUUUAACAUCAUGGGAAUAAAGCCAAAAUAUUGUGGGCAUACAGUCAUAAUAUUAUAAAAACAAUUACAAAGAUUAAAUUGAAAUAUUUGGGAAAAAACACAGCAAAAUGUGGAAAAGACCGAAGAGUGAUGUUGAUACUAAUAAUAGAAAUUUAUUGAAAUGUAUAUAACUUCUGGUGGCAUGGCGGUCGAGUGGUACUCCGGUUUCCUCCCCCAUUCCAAAAACAUGCCAGGUUAAUUGGCGACUCCAAAUUGUCCAUAGGUAUGAAUGUGAGUGUGAAUGGUUGUUUGUCUAUAUGUGCCCUGUGAUUGGCUGGCAACCAGUGUACCCCACCUCUUGCCCAAAGUCAGCUGGGAUAGGCCCCAGCUUGAUGGACGGAUGUUUUUCAGACCCGCUAAGCUAACAUAAUUGUUUUUUUUUCCUAUUCAUUCCUAGCAAGGCUGCACGGCGGUCGAGUGGUUAGAUCGCAGACCUCACAGCUAAGAGACCCGAGUUCAAUUCCACCCUCGGCCAUCUCUGUGUGGAGUUUGCAUGUUCUCCCCGUGCAUGCGUGGGUUUUCUCCGGGUACUCCGGUUUCCUCCCACAUUCCAAAAACAUGCUAGGUUAAUUAGCGACUCCCCAAAUUGUCCAUAGGUAUGAAUGUGAGUGGGAAUGGUUUAUAUUUGUUUAUAUGUGCCCUGUGAUUGGCUGGCCACCAGUCCAUGGUGUACCCCGCCUCUCACCCCAAGACAGCUGGGAUAGGCUCCAGCACCCCCCGCAACCCUCGAAAAUGAAAAUGAAUGAAUGAAUAUAUAACU